AUGGAGAACCUACAGCCCAUAAUUCAAGCGGUACAGCUUCAAAGUAUCUGUAUCCUCAAACAAUACACCAAACACCCCUGGCUCUACUCCGCAGCAUGUCUCGCAGCCUACCUUGCCCUCACCCUAUCCCUCCGCUUCCAGCGCCUCCGUAGUAUCAAAGCGAGGUACCGCAAGUACUCAACCCGUGAGUCCUUCGCCAGUAUGACCGAUCACGACGCCUGGGCUAUCCAGAAACACAUGCUCCAGCUCGAGUUUCCCUUCACAGCCCUGAAAGCGCUGCAGUUUGCCCUCUUCCGCACAUACGGCAUCCCAAGCAUCUCCACCCUCCUCCUCAAGACCUCCCAGUUCUCCGACCCAGCAACCAGCUUCAAACGCUACGCCGACACCGGCGCCCUGAUCGGCGAGUUCAUGGCCUUCGAGCCCUCCUCCGACAGGGCGAUCACCGCCCUCGCGCGCACAAAGUUCCUGCACACGGGCUACCGGGCCAGCGGGAAGAUCCUCGAGUCUGACAUGCUGUACACGCUCAGCCUGUUUGCGCUCGAGCCCGUCCGUUUUGUGGAGAUGUACGAGUGGCGGGCGAUGAGCUCGCUGGAGGAAUGCGCGAUAGGAACCUACUGGAAGAGUGUGGGGGAUGCGCUGGGGAUCAGCUAUGAGGCGUUGCCGUCUGGGCCGGAUGGGUUCCGCGAUGGACUGCAGUGGCUGGAGGAGAUUAGGGCGUGGAGUCGGCGGUACGAGGAAGAGCAGAUGAAGGCCGCGCCGGCGAAUCGGGCGGUGGCGGACAAGACGAUGGACGUGUUGGUUUAUGGAAUGCCUGGGUGGGCGAGAGGGAUUGGGGUGAGUGUUGCGACUUGUAUGAUGGAUGAGAGGUUGAGGGUGGCUAUGAUGUAUGAUCCGCCGCCACGGGUGAUCAAGGCGAUGUUCAGCUCUGUGGUGGCUGUCCGUCGGUUCUGCCUGCGGUAUCUUGCUCUCCCGCGGCCGUAUUUUAUGCGCCAUGAUGUCUUCACGGAGAUGCCGAAUGAGUAUGGUCGACACCAUGUGCGGGAAUGGAACGGGAUGCCGUACUAUGUGCAGCCGACUCUGUGGAACCGGUGGGGUCCGUCUGCAUGGGUGCAGCGGCUGAUGGGAUUGCCAUUGCCCGGGGACGAGGGAGACAAGUACUAUCCCAAGGGAUACUACACGCCAGAUGUUGGGCCCAGAUAUUUCGAGGGCAAGGGACGGAAGACCCUGGAGGAGAUCAAGGAGAGGUUGAGGGUGGAGAGGACGGGCAAGUCGCCAUUUAUUAAGCCAUAG